UUAUUUAAUUUUCAUAUUCAAAACUGUGACAAUGAAGUUCUGUAUUGCAUUAAUAAGUCUGCUGCUCUGCUUCAGUUUUAUUUUGGCCACACGAAGGGAAUGUCCUACUGUCUGCACAGCGGACUUUAGUCCUGUUUGUGCCGAAGGAUAUUACAAAGGAGAAUUGUUGCGUUGUCAAUUCUCCAACUCUUGCAGAGCGACAGUCAGUGGCUGUCUUAACAGAAUCGACUGGCGUCCAUCGGCUUGCUAUAAACUUUCCAAUUGUGAUGGUCUCGUUCAAUUCUCUGACCCACAAAGUCAGCCAAAAGCACCUUAUUAAAUAAUAUUAAUUACAUAAUAAUAUGGAAAUAAAUUUGCAAUUUAAUCUAUAACUCAAA